UUGUUUCAAGGUCUACGUGUGAACCUCAUUGGAAGUGGUACGAAUCCGCUUAGUUUCGUAGCAAUAGGAAUCAGUGAUCGGCCAGUAGGAGAACUGGAAGAUACAUUCUCGGAUAGAAGAAGAGGCAAAAUAAAACUUGUCGAAAAAUAUGCAGAAGAUCAUGUUAAUCCCCAUUGGCCGGCUGUAAAAUAUCGUAGUCCUGCUUGCGUUCAGUAUUUUCCUAUGGAAGUGUUGAUGGUUGCGCCUCAUCAGCGAGUUUCGCUGGAGAAGCAGCAAAUUGCGAACUCAGUUCCACGUGCGGACAAGCCUGACAAACGUUACGAAGAAAUCCAUAGUCUGCUUAAAGCCUUGAAUCUUCAUGAUGGUGGACACGCGAAUAAAUUUUUGAACGCAUUUGGCGUGAAAGUAGCUCUGCAACCCAAGGAAGUUGACGGCAUCAGACGUGAAGUCUACAUCAAGAGAGGCAAGGAUGAAGACAUGGAAAAAGAGUUGGCGGAGCUAUUCGUCAAGAAUAAAGGAUCGAAAUCACUGCUGAUCAUUUAUAUCGACAGAGCCGAAAGCAGAUCACACGGUAUUGAUGGAACGCAAACACCUGAUUCCUACUCAACAAAUAACCUCGGAAGUUGUCUCGAAAAUUAG